AUGUUUUCAAAUGAGAUGGGAGCAAAAAUACUAUUUACUGUUUUAAUCACCUCGACGGUGCUCUGUAACGGCACAGUUCUCGACACUAAGAAGUUGAAGGACGAGCUUUUCGAUUUGGCAUACAAUGGACUUGGUGUACAGAAAAUGCAGGACCAUUUUGAUUCAUUAAGCUUCCGAUCCCUGUCAUUGUCUGGCGAUGAUAUCGUUAGCGAGAUGGAGCUAGCAAUACGACAGAAAGUUUUGUCUACUGUUCAAGCUCUAGAAAAUAUCCGGGAGGCCGUUGAAAAAUCUUUUGAAGAAACAGAAAUCAGAUUCACUCCUUGUUGUGAAAUAGCGGAUAACCUGGAAUUCAAUACGGCGUUUGGUAAAUCGUUGGAUACGCGUAUUGGCUGUACAAGGAUUGCUGACAACGCAGAUCCAAAUCCAAGGUUCCUUUCAAAUGAGGUCAUUGAUGUCAUGAAGGAGAAUUCUGAUUCAUUUUCAAAUCUUAAAUGGCAAUAUUUCGGUAGCGAAGAGGGUGUAUUUACAAUUUAUCCCGCUUCUCUGAUAGAUGAUUGCGACAACUACGACCAUAGGUUCAGUGGAUCUAUGUCUGAUCUGCAAUCUGGCAAAAGCCUAAUAGCCAUAGCAAUAGAUGCUUCCAUCACAGUUCUAGAUACUAUGAAUCCCAAUGAUAAGGUUGGGGUGGUAGCAUUUUCCAGUAUUGUGAAAUUGCCGCCUAUGAUCGGAGACACCAGCUGUUAUGCAAAUGAACUGGCAUUAUCUACUACAAUCAAUAUACAGAAUUUAAAGAAAUUCGUACUAUCUUUGACGGCUUCGGGGGGAACAAAUUACGGUAAAGCAUUUGAAGCAGCGUUUAACUUACUGAAAGCGUCGUACACACCAGAUGUAGACAUCGAACGAGACCAAGUCAUCAUUUUUUUGACCGACGGUGAGCCCACAGACACCAAGGCAAGCAUCAUGAGUACAAUCCGUUCAAAGAAUGAAGAAAUGGAGAACAAAGUGACCAUUUUGACCUUUGGUCUUGGUUCCGAUUCUGGGAUAAAUUUUCUGCAGGAUAUUGCAAAUCAAAACUUUGUAAAACAUGGAGUUGAGGAAGCAAAUAUUAGCAUUGGAGAAACUAAGCAAGGUGUAUUUACUCACGUGACUGAUUACAAUUUAUUGCGCAGUAAAAUGGCUAGAUAUUAUGAUUAUUUUGCAAACUUUGAUAAGCUGACUGACGAGCCCAUAUUUUCAGUUCCAUACCAAGAUAGUUUUGGACUUGGAAUGAUGACAACCGCAGCAGUGCCUGUGAAAUAUAACCAUGUACUUAAGGGAGUAGUGGGUGUUGACAUAACCUUGACAGACCUAUUAGAAGAAGUCACCUUUUUUACAGGAGGGCAGAAUUCGUACGCACUUGUGUUUGAAGUCGACACUUACGCAAUCGGACGUACAUUGCUUCAUCCAUUGUUACCGUCACCGUUAGUCAUCGAAGACGAACCAGUAUAUGUGCAUAUUACUUCACUGGAAAGAGAACAAGAGUUUUACGACCGUGUGUACAAUUAUGCAACAAAUGAUGGGACAUUCGGAAACGCGACAUUUACUUCACGACGAUAUAUUUCACGAGGAAACCAAAGAACAGAAGGUGUCAACAAAAUGUCCGUACUAUCCACAUAUCACUGGCGACGUGUUAUCGGUUCCAACUAUAUUGUAUGUCUCGUUGAAGCUGUUGAUUUCGACGUAGUCGAGCUGUUCGGACAGGGUCCCAAAGCGUCUGCUGAUGACUUUGUGUAUCAUCGUCUUGAUAUAGUACCACCAGAUACUUCAUGCAAAUAUGUAAACAGAUUAGCCACUAAAGAGCAGUCGACUGUUAAGUUUGCACCAAGAGCUUUUAGUAGUCCGGCUCAAUACCUUCAAUAUGAAGAAACAGAAUCUAUUGUAGAACAGUACCAAAACUACAUGAUGGAUGCAUCGUCUAUAAAUACGCAUUUUAAGGAUAGGGUGCGUGACGCUGUAAUAGUAACUGCUAAAGUAAAUGAAAUUUGGAAGAGUGAAGAUGCUGAUAUGUAUAAGCACUACACACUAUUUCGGUACAUGGGAACAAGGAAUGGCGUGUACCGACAGUUACCUGGGAUUACGAUGAGCAAAGUACACGACACUACAGUGAGACCCUGGUACGAAAGAGCAAAAAGCAAUGCAGAUAUACUUACAUUGUCAGUGCCAUACGCAGACGCUAAUGGGGCUGGUGAGGUUAUAGCAUUGAGCAAAGCAAUCACUGAAAGUUUAAGUUCAACUUCGACGUCAUCUAAUGUGCUAGCUGUUAUGGGUAUGGAUUUCACGAUAUCAUAUUUCUACAAUAUGCUGACUAAGCACUACCCGGAAUGUGAAGAGUUCAGCAACAGUUGCUUUGUGAUGGACAGUAGUGGAUUUUUAGUUAUACAUCGAGAUUUCACCGAGUCUGAUUCUGACGUGAGUGAUAUCCAUAUCAUGGAAAAGGAGCCGAAUGUUGCGGAGGACUUGUUGGAGAAAAGGAUUCUUAAAAAAAAACAGUGUGUGGAUUUUCAGAAGAUUAAAAACCUGAAUUACUAUAUAGCAGAGCGUGUGGGGUCAACAGCGACUAUUGAUAAUAUGAACAAUGCAAAUAAGUGUAAACGUUACAGACUUGCCCAUGUACAAGAUACAAACGUCUACCUGGGUAUUGUAUACAAGGCUACAGGAUGUAACCAACACUGCCCAUGUUAUUAUGAAACCUGUAUGCAUACAUCUGCAGACAAUGAAUGUGAAUGCCCAUGUUUAUCACCAACAGAAUACGAAUAUUGUAAGGACCAAUUUUCAUUCACGAGUGAUGAUGAUCCAACUUGUCUACCCCCAAGACCAUCAAUAUCUCCAGUUAUUGAAGAUACCGAUGCUUAUACGGGUUUAGGUGAAUGCUAUAACGCAAACUGUACAAGUAAACAAGCUGCAAGUGAAUGUAACGCAUAUGUCAGUUGCAAGUGGAAUAAAGAAAACGGCGCAUGUGUAAACAUGUUUUUAACAAUUGAUGAUGACGCUUCUAAUAAUUCGUCAAUAGUCAUUAUUGUCAUUAUUGUCAUUGUGUUGAUACUUGUGGUUAUCGUGUUUUCAAUUAUACUGGUACUCAAGUUUAAACCUGGGCGACAAAAAUCGUACAGCGAUAACAAUGCCGACACAGUGAUAACAUAUGACAAUAGAGCUGCUGCUGCAAGUGCCCCUCCGAUUGUGCCCCAAGAUGCGGCUCUUCAACAGGUCCCAGUAAACCCAUACUACACAGAAAUGCAUGGUGACAAUCAAGGCUAUUUAGUUUCCCAGCAACAACCACCGCCGCAAGCUUUUCAACCGAUGAAUAUAUAA